AUGUUCACUUUGAUUCUAAUAAUUGAGAAAAGCAUCACAUGUAGCAGUACAGGUAACCUCUCUCGAUUUCUAAUCUGCUUUCAAUAUAGCUCAGUUCAUAAUCGAAGCUCAAUUAGCAAAGCUGAAAUCAGUGAAGAAGUACGUGAACAUCUGAAAUCAAGAGAGAUGAGAUUGGUGAACCACCACCUACUUCACUCGGGCGAUGCUUGAAGCCGCCUUACAAUAAUUCGGGAAUGUAAAUACCUAGAUAUAUACGUCUAACUUUAUUAUGGCAGCAAGGAAUAGAAGCUUGAUGUGAGAAUACAUAAUGUGGGAAAUAAGAGCUUAAAAGAAAGACGAAAAAUGAGACUUAUUGCAGACCUUCAUGUCUUUCAUGGAGGCAACUAGAAGGGAGGUGUAUGAUGACAUGCGUUUAUCUCAUGUAAACAAAACUUGAAUGAAGCCAAAAAGGAAGAGAUGUGAGUUGUCUUACUAUAUCUAGAUAUAUGUUUUGCAACAUUACCGGUAGCUUGGGUGUUAGUUAUAUUCAUAAAGUAUCUUGUAUAUUUAAACCAUUAAAUAGUAUGGGAUGGGUAUUGUUUUGAACCAUGCCUAUUUAUAGUCCACUUAGGAAGUUGCUAGAU